AUGGGAGUCAUGCUUGGCAGCGCAGCGGCAGCGGUAGCAUGCCUGUCCGUGUACGCCUACCGGCUCAAUAAGGUGCUGGCCUCUACCCCCCCUGAGGCGGGUCGGUACGCCAUGCCCAGGCUGGCGGAAGAAGAGGCCCGCGCCGUGUACGAGCAGGUGGAGCGCGAAGGGCGGAACGGCGGCUACGACCGCGGAGACAGCGACGGCCACGGCUGCGCGAACCCUUUUAGGGCCCGGAUUCAGGCCGGGAUGCCUACCAGGCGGGACAGGAGGUACAUCGUCGUUGGCGGGUCCGGCCUCGUGGGCGGCGAGAUCGUCCUUGCUCUGCUGGGGAACGGGACGCCCGCCGAGGCGAUCCGGAUCGUCGACGUCAGGGAACCAAUGAGGGAUGAGUUUCGGAGGGGCAGCGGUGCGGCCUCGCGCGUACCAGUCUUCCUGGUCGAUAUCUCGUCUGAGAGGGCUGUCAGGGAGGCUUUCGAGGCGGAGUGGCCGGAUGAGGAGGCUUUGGUGUCCUCAACGAUACCAACGUCAACUGUCUUCCAUACCGCCGCCGUCAUACGCUGGGGAGAGAGGUCGAAUCUGUUCUGGGACCGAAUUGCGCGCGUCAACAUUGCCGGCACGGCAAACGUCAUCUCCGCCUCGCGCGCUGCCGGAGCGGGUAUACUGAUUUACACGUCCAGCGCGUCGGUGGAGAACAGGGAGGUCAACUGGUUCCCUGCCCCGUGGAGGCGGUACCCGACGAACUUUGUGCAGCACAUCGACGGGUCAGCACCGGGCGGGUUCUCCACCGACGAGGGGGGGAAGAAGAGCGACAAGCCUGACGACCAGUAUCCCACGACAUAUGCCAGGACCAAGGCGGUCGCGGAGAAGCUGGUGUGCGAAGCCGAUGACUCACCCUCUGGAUCCUCCUCUGGAUCUAGGAUGAGGACCGGGGCCAUUCGACCCGGAAACGCCAUAUACGGACACAUCAAGGACCCGGUAGUGGGCCAGAUGCUCUCCCUGAGAUGGGUGCCGAGCUUCAACGCGGCGUGGGUACAGAGCUGGGUGUCGAGCGCCAACGUGGCCCUGGCGCACGUGCAGCUUGAAUCGGCCAUGUUGGGUGAGCACGUCGACUCCGUGGCCGGCAGGCCAUUCGUCGUGACGGAUGACGGGCCCCCCAUCAUCUGCAGCGACUACUACGCCCUCCUCAGUGCCACGAGCCGGACGGGGUUCGAGGUCACGCGCCCGCCGCCGCUGCUGUUUCUGUCCAUGUUCUACGUCAUUGAGGCCUGGGCCAUCCUGUCCACGCGGUUCCCUGGAACACUGGGCAGAUUGCUGGGCGAGCCGGGACCUCCGAUCGAUGUGCUGCAACCGGGGACGGCUGCGGCGGCUAUCAACUCGAUCAUUCACGACCACGAGGCGAGAAUGCCGGUUGGCCAGGGAGGAAUGGGCUAUCGACCUGUCUGUACGACCGUUGAGGGGAUCUGUGCCGUUGUUGCACAAUGGAAUCGGUUCGUUGACGAGGGCAAAGACAAGGACAAGGAAUGA